UGUACAUGCAAAUAUUAAAAUUGUAUUGAUUUGAUCCUUGUCAUUUGAGCUGUGCUUCAAUACACUGUAUGCCUAAAUGUAUGGCCUAGAAAAAAGAUUUUGGAUUAUUUGCAAAUAAUAGUCAUUUUUUGACUAGUAAUCUGGUGUGAAAAUGACGAAGGACCGUUUGGCUGCUCUGAAAGCGACCCAGAGUGAUGAUGAUGAUACUGACGAUGUGGCGGUCAACGUGGACACUAGUGGAUUUAUGGAGGAGUUCUUUGAUCAGGUUGAAGAAAUUCGGGGGAUGAUAGACAAAAUAUCUUCAAAUGUAGAUGAGGUUAAGAAAAAACACAGUGCAAUAUUGUCAGCACCUCAGACGGAUGACAAAAUGAAAGAAGAAUUAGAAGAACUAAUGUCUGAAAUCAAAAAGAAUGCAAACAAAGUUAGGGCAAAAUUAAAAGUUAUUGAACAAAACAUUGAACAAGAAGAGCAUUCCAACAAGUCAUCGGCUGACCUGAGGAUCCGGAAGACACAGCAUGCGACGUUAUCACGCAAAUUUGUCGAGGUUAUGAAUGAUUACAACGCUUGUCAAAUUGACUACAGAGAGCGCUGCAAAGGGAGAAUACAGAGGCAGCUGGAAAUAACUGGUAGAACAACAACAAAUGAAGAGUUAGAAGAUAUGUUAGAAUCUGGGAACCCAGCUAUAUUUACACAAGGCAUUAUCAUGGAAACGCAACAAGCAAAACAGACGUUAGCAGACAUUGAAGCUCGUCAUAAUGACAUUAUUAAAUUGGAAACUAGUAUACGAGAAUUACAUGAUAUGUUCAUGGACAUGGCAAUGCUUGUUGAACAACAGGGUGAAAUGAUUGAUCGGAUUGAAUUCAAUGUGGAACAAGCUGUAGAUUAUAUCGAAACUGCAAAAAUGGACACAAAGAAAGCAGUAAAAUACCAAAGUAAAGCUAGGCGGAAAAAGAUUAUGAUAGUUAUUUGUAUUCUUAUCCUGCUGGCAGUGAUUGCCAUCAUACUCGCCAGCACUCUGUCCUGAGUGGCGCCACAAUUCCACAGUCAUCGUCAUCAAUGUUGUCAUCACCUGCUGUCACUGCAUGAUUUGUAUUAUGACUUUUUAGUUCCUUUUAAUUUAUUGUUAUACAUGCAAUCAAUGUACUUGUUUUAUCUUGUGUUCUAGUAGUGUUACUUUCAGUUACACCUUUUCACUAGUCUAAUUCAGUAAAUGGGUUGCAACAGACUAAGUGUUAAAGAUUAAGAGAUGAAGAAGGUGUGUAGAGAGACAAAAAAAAGAUGUUUUUGUUUUUGAUUAUUUUAAAAAAUAUAUUUUUGUGUCAUGUCUUUGUUGGCUUCCAUAUUAGUGCUUAAUAAUUGAAUUUUUUUUUCACAAACUAUCAUACAUAAAACCAUUAGGAUGUUUUACAUAAACUAGGGAAUAUGGUUGACAUUCAACUAAAAAAUCAUAUUCGUUUCCAUUCCAUUCCAUUUGACUCAGAUCCAUUCGAAAUGUUUCAGAGGAGUGUGUAAUGUGUAAUAAAAUCCAAAUAUAGUGUUUUAAGUAUUAAAUGCUUUGAGGGGGGGGGGGGAGAGAACUAAGUAUAAUCAUGCAUCAUUAUUUCACCGUCACCAUCAUUGACAUGAAAAUGAAGUUGAUACUCUGCUGUAUAAUGUUUUUUAAAAUAAAAUAAAUAGAUGUCAAAUUAAAACAAACUUGUGGAUUGUUCUCCUUUGUUGAUAAAUUUGGGUUAAGUUAAGUGAAAAGUAUCAGUGCAAAAUCAAAACUGAUCUUUCAUUAUUAAACCAGUUUUGUUUUGUUUAAUAUUCACUUCUUGAGUCUUAGUUUUUCAACACUACUUACAGUAAAUAUUUAUAAAGUUUUAUUAAUAGAACGCUUUGUUCUCAGAUAGUUAUAAAACAGUUAUUAGCAGUGAUUUUUAAUUACAUUUUCUUUUAUUGUAAAUGGUGCAACUUUUACACACUUGUUAAUAUUUAACAAUGGUUUGAUAUAAUAUGUAGAGUACUUGCUUUGAAAGUGUAAAUAAGUAAAAAAUACUUGUUAAAAUGUUGGAAAUAAUUAUUCACAUUAAAAUGCAAAAUACUUAAUCAUGAGGUGGCCACAAAAGAUUUGUGAAAUACCGCAGUAGAUACCAUUGUGUAAGGAGACCAGUGAUGUAUUGCUACAUACAUUUCAAUUUGUGCAAUAAUGGGAUUCUUCCCUAUUAUGACAGCAUUUUUGUUGUUUUGUUGGUUUUCUACAAGUGUAAAUAUCAUCUCAUAUUAAGUAGGGUGGUAUAAUUAAUUGGAAGGCUAGACAAGUUGCUUAUAAAUUCAUUGCUACUUAGAUCGUUUAUUUUAUCUAAUUAAUUAUGUAGUUUUAAAAGAAAUAACUGAAAACAUUAUUGCUGAUAUGAAUAUUUAAAAACUUUUAAAUAUUAUUUUUUAAUCAGAUCUCUGUUGCAAAUAACAAAUAAAAUAAUUGUAUAAUCUUGUGUAGAUGCGAAUGAAAUUACUAUUAAGUUUUAAUUAAAAUCAUAUUAAUUAAUUAGUCUACCAUUACAAAUUAUGUAAUUUUAUUUUUAUAGAGAAAUUCCUUUAUUUGCUUGCAAAAUGCAUUACAUUACAUCAAUAACAUUUGUAAUAGAUUCUAAGGAUUUUAAGAAUCAAGAAAGCAUUUUUGUAAGCACAAGAAUCAUUUGAAAAAUUCUUAUAUGUUGAAUUGAAUUGAUCACUUUGACACCUAGAAGUAGAAACAAAAAAUAUUGACAAUAUGCAGUCUUCGCCAGGAGCAAAAUCAAGGUGAGCUGAAGUUGACUCUCCUGAAAUUGUGUUAGGCGAGCAAUCACAUGAUGUGUCAAAUAAACUGUAUUAAAUAUUUUAGUGAGAGGCGAGCAAUUUGCUGCUCUCCUAAAUCUUUCAAGUCGAGUGGAGGGGAGCGGGAGCGGGAGUGAUCACUCGCCUCUCCUGGCAAAGACUAAUAUAAUUCAUAAUUAUAAUUAUAAUUCAGAUCUUUCAUCACCAAACAUGGUUUUUAUUGGUCUAUAAUACGUGAAUGUCAAGUGCCUAUGAAAUGGCUAAUUUAGCGAUGUCUGAAAAACAUUUCUUACAUGUAUCUUGAGCGGAACUGGGCAGGGAGAAGUGAUAACUUUCCACACUACCGGUACAUCAUUUCUUUUAAUUAUUAUUAUGCCUGUUGAACAACAUUGUUAUUUAUCGUGGUUCGUCAGUAUUAUUGACUUUACUGAUUCGCUUUCCGUAACCAGUACAUUAUUUUUCAUGUAUGUUCUCUGUAUGUUGUUUUGUCCUAUAAUCUUAAGCAUAAGUUAAAGCAUAAGCACAAAGUAUUUUCUAUGAUGAUCUCAUUAUAUAACUUAAUGAUUAGAAUUUAAUUAAUAUAUAUCCGAGUCUCCUAUGCAGGAAUAAAAUUUUAUUAGAACAAGCUUGCAUGCUAUUUGCAUUGUCAUGAAAUAUUUCAAUUAAUCAUCAAGAAAGUACUGAAGAACAAAUUUGCUUUAUCGUAUUAAUUACUACACCCAAAAAUGGAAAAAAGUCCUCUUAGUUUUGUUUUGACGAUUUGCUUUUAGUUCUUGUUUGCUUACAAGAACUUUAAUUCAUUACAUGUGGAGCUUGUGUUAUUUUUUUACGAAAGCUGUAUACAAAAUAUAGCUGACGUCAUUGAUGAGUGUCAUUGAUACCGUAUUACUUAAAGUAGAUGUGGACAAAUGAGAGGGUUACAGCCUCUAAAAGUAGCCAGAAAGGUGGUCAUCAAGAGUCGUGGACUGAUGCUAAAAGUAGAAUUUUUUUACAAUUUAGGUUAAGGGAAAAGCUUCCGCUAAUUAGAUAAAAAGAGAAGGGUGCUGGUCGAAGCUUGAAAUGUUAUAGCAUUGCUGUGUGCAUAUAUGAAAAUGCUUCCGAGCAUAGACAGUCAAUUUUAAAACAACUUCUUAUGUAGAUUAAAUAAUUUUUCUAAGUAUCAUUUUAAUAAUUAUCUGUUAACUGAUUGUACACAUAGACAUAAAGAUUAAUUUAGGAAUUUAAUAAUCAUACUUUAAAAUAUGCUUUCUUUUUUUUCGUUUAUAAUUUGAGAUUAAUAAUUACGCAAAUAUGACUAUAUGCUUUUAUAUAGUGACCAAAUAUAAUGUUUUGGUAAUUUUUGAAAUGCUAAAGAAUAUUUUAAUGAUGAAAAUUUAGUACUUAAGUGUUAGUGGUAUAUUACCAUUAAUUUUAAAAUUGCUUUAAUAAACUGAUAAAGUUGACCUUUUUGACAUAUGGCAUUGUUUGUAAUUUAAAACAUCAUAGGUAUUUUCAUAAGAUUAAAAAAAAUUUUUUUUUUACCAAAUACCUGGUUUGUUAUACUAGUAUUUAUUUUUGCUAUAUAGAAAUUCAUAAACUGACAUGAAGGCAAAGCAGAAAAACAUUUUAAAAUCUUAAAUUUCUAGAUCUCAUUAUUACAAAGAAAAUUGCAUCUGUCUUGACGUUUGCAUUCAAGAGUAUGUAUAAAUUUAAUAUAUUCAGUUGCUGUUUAAAAGGUGGAUAAAAAUACAGACAAUUUAAGGAUUGAAUUACAGACUAUUAAAAGUGUUAGUGGAAAGUAAUAAUAAAACCAUCUUUAUAAAUCAAGGCUAAUAUUCGUUCCUCGUAUUCAGCCUUGAUACAUGUAGUCAAGAUUACUGAUAUCCACUACUAGUGCCCUUUAUUGGAAGAAAA